AUGGAAGACCUCACGCCACUUUGUCCUACCAUGGAACCAACAGUUUGGUUUCAUCGGGAGGAGUAUAUGAAGUUCUUCCUGCUUGGCCCACCUCUCCUUCUCAUUACCCCUGACUUCAUCCCUUUUAAGUUCAUCAAAAUGGUACUGAACCAUCUACUCUAUCCCCUUGAGCAUCUCUUCAAUUUGUCUUAUUUGAGGGCAGAGGUACCAGAUCGUUGGAAGCACUCUUUAGUAACACCGGUUCCCAAAAAAGCCCCCUACAAUCGCUGUGAGAAUUACCGCCCAAUUAGUAUUACCUCCAUUUUUGCUAGGGCUUUCGAGAAGAUUUUGAAACGUCGGCUUAUAGCUCAUCUUGAUGAGCACAAUAUCAUUUCUGGCUCUCAACAUGGUUUUCAUAAGGGACGAUCAGUUGAGGCCGCUCUUCUAACUUCCCUCAAUGACUGGACAAUUGCGGUACGUUGGCCUACACCCGAGAGCUAUAAACUGGAUAAGAUUCUUCUAGCAAAACCGUACGUACCAGGUCCGCAGCUUGAUGUACGCUGA